AUGCAAUCAAUUUUCUAUAUUUUAAUUUUCAUUUCGAUUGUUCAAUCAAAAAAUAUAACAAAUCGAUUAUAUAAUCCAUUAGUUUGUUAUGUUGAACAAGAAGGAAUUCUGAAUAAUAAAGAAUAUAGAGAAGAACAACAUCAUGAACCAUGUGGACCUGAAACUAAAUGGUGCCAAAAAAUAACAGCAAAUUACAGUGAGUUUUUUUUCAAUUAUUAAUUAGUUCUCCAAAACAAAAUACAAUGGGAAAUUUUAUUUUGAUUAUUUUGAACUUAUAAAAAAUUGAAGACCAAUAACAAAGUUUUAUGUUUUUUUGCAGUCAAUGCUCAUAAUGAACGAACUCAGAUUGUUUUGAAAGGAUGUGAUACUGUAUCAAUUUUGCCUGAUUUUACUGGAAUUGGAUGUCAUGGAAAUGGAUGUAGUGAAAGAACUUAUGAAGAUGAAAUAUAUACAGUUUGUUGUUGUAAUACAGAAACCUGUAAUUCUCAAAACUCAUAUUUUUCUUUAUUUACUUCUUUAUUCCUCAUCAUUUUUAUAUUGUUCAUAGACGUUUGAUUUUUUUCGAAUUCUAAGAAUUUACGGCAUUUUUUUCAAGAAUUCAUUCCUCCUUCCUUUUUUCUUUGACAGCUGCAAAUAAAAAUAUUUCCAUUUUCCGGUAAAUGAAAUUUACCUGUUAGUCUAAUCUUUUGUCUUUAUGCAUUUUUCAGAUAUGUUAUAUUCUGGAAUUUCUACAAUUUCAGAAUUACUCACUCUAUUUUUAAUAUACUGUAUUAUUGCGAAAUCGACAGAUGAAUUAAAAAUUUAUAAAACAUCAUUGUUGAAACUUGCACUUUCAAAAUUAUUUUUCGGUUUUUCUGUUGCAGUUUUGGUUUCACCGGAUUUAUUAUGCCCAUUGCCUUUAGCAAUUGUAAGAAGUCCAAUUGGAACAUUGAGUCAAACAUGGGCUUUUUGGAUGGUAAGAAAAAUUAAUAUUCUAGUUUUCAAUAUCUUUUUAAAGAUUUUUGUUUUGAUAUUCGCAAGUAUAUCUGUUUUUAUGUCAAUUAAUGAUUGCUGUUUUUUCCGACUCGCCAUAUUUUUUCAACGUCGAAAUCUCCUUCGAAAACUUCGAACAAAAUCAGCUAUUUUCAUUUGGAGUUUAAUAACAAUUACAAUAUCUUGUGUUUUUCAAAACAGUCUCGAAUUCGAAAAAAGUAAUAUAUUUUAUUUCUACUUUCAUUUUUCCUAUAUUCUUUUAUUCGCUUUUUUAUUACUAAUUAGUAUUCAUAUUUUGAAUUUCAUAUCAAUGAAAAUUGUGUGGAGAAAUAUAAAUAAUAGAAAGAAUAUAAUGUCAGCUCGAAGUUUUGCAAGUCAUCGAAGUUUGACGCUUUUUGCAUGGCUACAGGUGAUAACAAAAGAUCUCUGAAAUACAUUUUCAGUUUUUUUUUCAGAAUAUUUAUCCAAUAAUCGUUGUUACUGUACCAAUUAUUAUAGUUUCUUUCUCAUUUUCUAUGAAAUAUGAAUCUGAAACAUUUGCCUUUUUCAUAAAACAUCUUGUAAUGUUUGCCACAGUCAUUUAUCCAACAAUCAGUGUUAUAUCAAGGUUUAAUUUACUUAAAUGGCUCGGCAACUCAGAAAUAAACAUGGUCUAAAAUGAAAGAUAUUCAUCUCUAGAUUGCCCCUAUCUAUAUUACUUACAAGUUGCGAAAAGUCAUUUACGUUUUUAUAAAUACUGGCCAAAACCUUUUGAGAAAUGGAGGGACUAGUAAAUUUCUAGUCCCUAUAGUUAUUUUUCCUAACCAAUCAUUUCUCAAGUUUUUUCCUCGGGCUCUAUAAAAUCGAAAAAGCCUUUCCGCAACUUUCAAUAUAUAUGAUCUAGUGAUGAAUAUCUUUCAAUUUAGACCAUGUUUAUUUCUGGGUUGUCGGGCCAUUUAAAUGUCAUCAAAUAUCAUUAUUGUUUUUUUUUUCAGUUUCAUACUUAUAACACCAUACAGGUGCUUUUUGAAUUCUUUGAUUUUCCGCCUACGUCGUAGACACAUAUCAAGUGUUGUUGCACCAACAAGGAAGAAAAAUUCAUUUGAUAAUUGGAUUUAGUCGACAAUUUGGUAUUUAUUCAUUUUUUUUGAGUAAAUUCAUUUUUUUCGAAUAAAACGAUUUCAGAAAACUUUACUUAAAAAAUACUGUGGUCAACUUGAAUUGGAAACUAAAAACAAAAAAACAAGAAAAAACAUCUUCGCGUUGAGACCCAUUAUACGCUUGUCAUGUUCCUUCAACGAACACACACACCGUAAUUCUGUGUUUCCAAUUUUUUCAUUUUGUUUUUUGUUUUCGUUUUGUUUCAUUUUCAUCCUCCAUCCUCCAUCCGUGAUUCAUCGAGUUCCCGUCUUUUCAUGACAACUAUUUAUCUUCGUUACCCACUAUUUCAAACAUAUUUCAGAUGGGUACUUGUCAAAUGGAUACUGAUGAUGUAGAUCUAGAAAAUGGUUCUGAUUGGACAGAUUAUGGAGGAACAGAAGUUGAGAUCAAAAAAGAAGUCUUCGAGAACGACGAAAUGGAAAACAAAGAAUUCAAUUUGGAAGAAUACGAAGAAUUCGAUAUUGUUUCAAUUGGUAUUUUGACAAGCUAGAUUAACAACUUGAGCAAUUUCGCUUUAUUUUUCAGAAGAAGUAACCAUCGAAGUUUUGGCAGCUCGUAUAAGGCGAUUACUUCAAGAAGUAAUCAAUCGAGGAAUUUCAAUUGCCAGUCAACUGUUUGAUGUUGCUGCAAAGAUCAUUUACAGAGUAAGAUGAACAUGUUUUCCUUCUGAAAUACUUAAUCAUGUCAUAUUUUUAGUCGACAAUUCUCGAGGAAUCUGAAAGUAAUCCUGUGACAUCAACAAUUAUUCAAGGAACUGUAAUGAUUAUUCUUUCAAGUGAAGAAAGAGAUGAAGAAAGUAGUACGGCAGAAAAGAAUAUUAUGAUGUUUGUUACAAAACUUGCAGUUUUUUCGAAAUCUCAAAAAUGUGAUGAACUUUUGAAACAACUCAUCAUUAUAAUCGACAAGUUUUUCUAUCAUCCUGAUUCAAAAAUUCGUCAACGAAUUUAUAACAUGAUUGGAAUGCUACUCGUAGAAAGUAAUAAUAUUGUUGAAGUUGAAAAUGAUGAAGCUGAUAAUGAAUAUAUGUUUGGAGAUGAUGAUAUGAGUCAAAAAAGUGAAAAUAAUUCGAAAUUGAUUGAAGAUGCAAUUAUCGAUCGAUGGGCUCAAAAACUUGGUUCGAGUGUUUUGGACAAAUCACCAUUUGUUCGAUCGAUGGCCUUGUUUGCACUUUCUCAAAUUGAUCAUCAAAAAAUGAUAAAAGAUCGAAAUGGAAAUGAAUUUUGUGUGAAUCAGAGUUAGUUAAAAUUUCUUGUUUUGGGUUUCAAAUUUACUCUUUUUCCAGUUAUUUCAAGAAGUCUUUCGGAUAUCGAUGAAAAUGUGAGAAGAACUGCUGUCAAAUGUAUUCAUAUAGUCACAUCAGAUGAUAUUGAUAAAUGUAUGAAUUUCAUAGAAAUGUCUACAGAAAAUAAGGUUUGUUCAGAAAAAAAACACGAAAUAAAUAAGUAAAUUUUUGGAACGUGACCUUUCUAGAUAAAUUUGAAAAAAAUUGAAAUGUUUUAUCCGAUAAACAUUUCUGGCAAAAAUAAUUCUAGAUUCGACAUUUGAUGGUUGUUCGAAUGGCAUCUUCAAUCCACCUUUUGUCAUUUUCAGAAUCUCAAAGAUUCAGACUAAUCAAUAUUUUGAGAAGAAGUGACAGUGGUAAGUCUGUUAUUGAUAAAUUAUAGCACCAUAAAAUUAAUGUCCGCAAUUUUUCUAGCAAGAAUUCAAGAUGUAAUUCAUCAACAACUUGUUGAAUCUUGGUUAAAAGAUGCUUCGGAAGCUAUAUGUGGUCUCAGUUUGUUCAAAAAUUUUGAAAUUCACAAUACUCAGGAACAAGUUCGCUUUGAUGAUUCGGAAGUUGUAUUUCCAAGUAUUAUUCUUGAAUAUCUCAAUCCAAUGAUAGAUCCUGAAGCCACCUCGAUUUUUGUUCGUUGAUUUAAAAUGUUGAUUUAAAAAGAAAAAUGAUUUUUUUUAAAUUUUCAGCUAAAAUUUGCGAUAACUCGAUACAUUCGAGCAACUACUGGAAAAGAAAGCAAUGUUAUUGAUUUCGAAGCAUUUUUGAAAUUAUUGACAGAUUUUGGAGCGAAGAAAUGUAAUUUGUUAGGAAUAAUGACAAGAACGGUUUUCAAAUUGAUUCCUGAAACAGAAAAGUUUGUUUUGAAUACGGCAGAAUUCAUUCAAAACGCAAUUCAAUUGAAUUUUCAGAGAGGAAAAUAUAAGUGAUGUAGAAUGGAUAAAACAAUCAUAUUAUCGUGUUUUUAUUCUCCGACAUAUGCUUGAUGUUGUUUUCCAACUCACAAAUGAUGUUUCAAUUCGUGAUCGAACUCUUCGUUUUCUUGUUCUUGGCAUAAAUCCAAUGAGAAAACAUAUCGAACAAUUUUGUGACCGAUAUUUCAAUCAAACUGGACUUGUUGAAGAAAUAGGAGAUUCUAUGGAACAUUUGAUUGCAAAUGUUUUACAUAUCUUCGAUGUUAUCGUCAAUGAAAAUCACGAUAGUUUUGAGAUGUAAGAUCUAUACAUUUUUCAAUCAAAAAUCUAUUUUCAUUUAGAACCGUUUACAAAAAUCUUUUGGAAACAUUAUUGAGCAAUUCAAGAAUUCAAUUCUCACCAGAAUUUAUUCAAAUUUUAACGACGAAAUAUAUUGAAUUGAAUGAAGAUGUUGAAAUAGUUUGUGAUUGGACUUGUUAUACUGCAAAUGAAGUUGUUAUGAAAAAUGAAGUUGGAUUACCGAUUAGCGAUGAUUUACAGGUUUUUUUUAAAUUUAAUUCUAUAGACAUAUAAUACAUAGUUUUAUCAGAUUGCUCUCGCUGAUGAUUUGAUUCUUGAAUGUCAAUUAAAACGAUGUACUGCAAUGUUUUUGGCACUCUGUAAACAUCCAAAAGUUGUUAAAUGUACCACUAUGAUGUCAUCAGUUUUCAAAGUCUUGGUAAAUACUUUUUUAAGAUUGAGAAAAAUAGGAAUUUUAAAAAUUUUCAGUUACCAAGUCUUCUUUCGAAUAAAAACGAAGAAAUCAAAUUCGAUGGAAUCGAACUCAUUGGAUAUUCAAGUAUUAUUGAUUUCGAAAAUGCAGUUCCAUAUCUGAAACUGUGCCCACUUCUUCUAACUUCAUCGAGAAAUGAUCGAGAAAAAGCAGUUUAUUUGAAUGUUUUGACAUGUGUUGUCAAAAAAUUGGGAUUUCGAAAAGUUUCCGAUGCAAUUUUUGGUGAUUCAGAUACUAAGUUGGAAAACAUUUUGGAAGAUGAAUAUAGUAAACUUAAAAAUGGGACAAUUGAGAAAUGCCAAGCUUCAAGAGAUAUUUUAAGCAUGUUGACAUCGGAAGUUUAUUUUUGGCCAAGAAUGUUAGCGAAUAUUAUGAAAGUGUUAGUUUCAAUUGCUAGUUUUAUAAAUGUUCAAUAAUUUUUUGCAGAGUUUUCUCGAAAAAGAUGGAAUAUUAUAAACUUCCUCGAUUAUUCAACAAAUUUCUCAAUACUUCAAUGAAAUCUCUUCGUAAUCGAGUUCAUUUGAUGAGAUCAUUUCUAUUUUGUGUGACAGAAUUUGACAAUGAUUUUCAAAUUGAAUUGAUGAGCAGAUGUGUUUUUCAACAUUUUGAGACUUUUUCAAAUGUUGACAUGGAAGAUGUAAGUGGAUUAUUCAUUCGAAAGUUAUCAAAAAAUAUUUAUAUUACAGAUAAACUCGGAAAAAUCUGAAUUUUCAAUUGAAGCAGAAUUGUGUCGAAGAUUGAUUCGAAAAUCAAUAAAUGAUCCCAGAGCAACUUUUGUUAAACCAAUAUUCAGCGAAUUUUCUACUCAACUCAAUAUAGAUUUCAUUCCACUUGAAAAAUUGAAGGAAAUUCAAGAUUUGGCAACUCGAGCUGCUUACGUAAGUUUUGGGAUUUUAAAAAAUGAAUAUAAUCUAUAUUUUUAAUUUUUCAGGAAGCUGAAGAGUUUCAUAUUCGAGCAGCACUUUCACUUAUUAAAAAGUUUGUUGCGAAAUGUGAAAAAACAAUAAAAAUCAAGAAACGAGUCGAAAGAAUGAAGAAUGGAGGUGAUGAAAAUGAAAGUGAUAAUGAAGAACCAAAAAAGAAACGAUUGAGAUAUGCAAAAGAAGUAAAAGAAGAAGAAAUUAAUGAAGAAUGGGAUUUGGAAAAUGAAAAUGAGGAAAUUGUUAUAUUGGAUUCAGAUGAUGAUAUUGAUAAUGAACCUGUAUAUGUUCCAAGAUCAACAAAAUCGAGGAAAAGAAAAUUUAUUGAAGAAGGUUAGUUUUGGGAGGUUUUUUUUACAUUGGAUUGGGUAUAAUGGAGAAAUAGUAUGCAUUUAAAAAUCCCAAAUUUUGAAUGGUGUCAAAAUUGACUCACAGCACCAAAUUUCGAAAUACCCUCAAAUUUAUUUGAGAUAAAACUUAAGAUUUUUAAAGAACCUUUAGAGGGGGUCUCUAAAUGUAUGUGUUUAGGUGACAUAAAAGAAGAAGUCGAAAACAUGGAAAUUUAG